GCUUCAUUUUUCGAGUAAAACAUGCUGCAUUCGUGUAGUAUUUUACCAGAUGCCCUGCCAGGGGUGUCGGUCAGCGUGUGAAUUUAGGAUUCGAAGAUGGAUACGUUAUUGGGCCUGUUCCCAUCAUCAUCUCCCAAGGCUCCAAGUAAGAAGAUCGACUACAAGAGAAAGCAAGGGAAGGCCAUCGGAGCAAGAUUCUUGCAUGAAUGUGCACUCAAACUGGACGCCAAGGUGACCGUGGUGGCAACGGCCUCUGUGGUCUACCACCGCUUCUUCCGCGAGGUGAACGAGGCGGACUACGACAUCUACCUCAUCGCCGGCUCCUGUCUGUACCUGGCCGGCAAGCUGGAGGACCAGGCGCUGAAGGCCCGCGACGUCAUCAACGUGACACAUGUGACGCUGCGCCCGGGCGGCCGGCCGCUCGACAUGGACGAGAGCUACUGGAACCUGCGCGACUCGCUCAUCCAGGCUGAGCUGCUGGUGCUGCGCAUGCUCCGCUUCAGCACCGAGUUCGAACAUCCGCACAAGUACCUGCUGCACUUCCUGGCGUCGCUGGAGGACUGGCUGGGGGCGGAGCUGUUCCGGCAGGUGCCGCUCCGGCGCACCGCCUGGGCUCUCCUGAGAGACCUUUACAUGGACGACUUCGUGCUGGACAGCAAGCCGCAGUGGCUGGCGCUGGCCUGCAUCCACAUAGCGCUGCAGUGUUACGGCCUCAACGUGCCCGGCUCCGUGGAGGGUGGCAAGACGUGGUACCAGACGCUGUGUCCCUCCUGCACACGGGAGGAGCUCUGGGACGUGACGGAGAAAGUGCUGGACGUGUACGGCCAGGAGGAGCAGCUCUUCAGCUCGCCGACCGGCGCCGUCAGCAGUGCCGUCUUCUCGUAGUCCGGGCGGGCGGCAGCGGAGCCGUCUGUCGGCCGGGCGGCGGGGCUGGGACCGGCGAGGGAGAGCCCCACAGAGGGAGAGCCCCGCAGAGGGCAGCGCCGGACGCCGACUGGCAGCCGCUACUGCGCCGGUGCC